CCGUUUUCGACGUGAACAAUCGCCAACUACACACGCCUGAAUGGGCCGUUAAAGUUUCCUAUGUGUGCGGCGAAAAGCAUCUCAGCUGCCCCUUUUCACACCGUUCGUUGCUCAAUUCGCUUGACUAGCACGCCCUGUAAAAGACAUGCGUUAGAAAUCGACGCUGAACAUUGAAAGCUCGUCGUACAGCACACAAUCCUACCAAAUAGUCUUCAGUAUUGUUAUUUCUCCAGAAUGGCAUCUAAUGCGUUGGAUUCCAUCAUCGACGCGAUCCGAACCGUCGUCGAUGCCGUUGUCUCCAAUCCCUCUCCAUCGACGAUUGGUGUCACUCUUCUAGUCCUGCUCCUGCCCUUCCUAGCCCUCUUCAUCCUCGCCCUUUCCCAACGCGAACAGCCGCCUACACCUCCUCCAGGCUGUCGAAAACUCGGCCUUCAGGGAAAAAGUAACCUCUCAGACCAGUACUCCAAGAAAUACAGCCGAGGAGCCGAUCCCAGUCCAGAGAACCCAUGGAUAGUAAAAGCGCUUUUCAUAUAUCCCCUGAAAAGCUGCGCUGGCGUCGAGCUCGGUGAGAGUGAUGUCAUACGCACUGGGCUAAAACACGACCGUCAAUUCACUUUCGGCCAGUAUGUCACGAGUCUCCCGUCCCUAGACGGCAAGGUCGAAAGCGAGUGGAAUUUCAUCACCCAGCGAACUUUCCCGCGUCUCGCAAAGGUUGAGACGGAGGUCUGGAUCCCGGAUCCAGAAGCCCCUGGCCACUCCCCCGACGCGGAAUAUGUAAAGAGUGAAGGGUGUCUUGUAGUCCGGUUUCCCUUUUCACCAGACGCGGACUUUAGUCUCGACGGCCUGAAAGCCUAUGGCCGAAUCUUAGCUGCGAGGUUGAGUGGUAAGUCAGAGCCUGUGAUCGAGUUCCGCGUCCCAUUCAAUCCUCCCAAAGACCGGAUAAAGAAAAUGGGGUACAGGAGCGAGAAAAUCAAGAUAUGGAAAGAUAGCCCUGAGGCAAUGAACAUAGGCUGCGAAGUCCCGGAGGAUGUAAUGGCGAAGUUGAAGUAUACGCUAGGAGUUACCAACCCGUUAAGCCUGUUCCGAAUUGAUACGAGCAAGUAUAGGGAGGUGUUUAAGUGCGCGCCAAAAAAGAAAGACGUGGGAUUCCAAACAAUCAUCGGAAUGGCCGAUUCGUACCCAAUGCAUAUCUUAAACCUCGCCUCCAUUCACCAUGUCUCUUGCCAACUCCCGCGCGGCUAUAGCCCGCUCAACGCCCUUCGCUACCGUGCCAAUGUCUACGUUACCGGGCCUCCAUCCUUUAACGAAGACGACUGGGCCAGAGCUCGAAUCGGAGACUGCACUUACCACAUUUCCUGCCGAACAACGCGGUGUAAGUUGCCCAACGUAGAUCCAGAAACGGGGCUUGCGGACCGAAAUGAGCCUGGGGCGACGAUGAGGAAGUAUAGGGUGAUUGACAAGGGGAGUCAGAGUCCCUGUUUGGGCAUGCAGGUAACGCCAUUGACGGAAGGAGUGAUUAGCGUUGGUGAUGAAAUCGAGCUGCUUGAGAGGGGGGAACACUUUUUCUUGAAAGUCUGAAAAGAAUGCGACGUCCACCGGCUGCCAGCACAAUAACAGAGGACUUGCGGUCAACCUCUGGCAAGCAUCUUG